AGCACGAGCAGGUGAGGAGCGGCACCUUCGUCGGACGGCUACAGGUGCGGCGGAGGAGAAGCCGGAUGUCGUGGGGACGUGCUUGGGUAAGGGAGGCCACCCUUGUUGUGCUCGUGGGCGUUAAUGCAGGAUGGUACGCCGGCCGCCAGCACGGCCGGUGCCGUUGUGAUCUGUCCGCAGCCGCCAGUCCUCUCUGGAUUCCUCUGUCGUAUCCUUCUCAACCUCCGACUUACUGCUCCUGUGUCGUGAUUUGAAUGGGAAAUUGGAGGCUGGCCGUGUGCUUCUCCAACAAAAAUUUAUGGAGUUCCUGACCCGGAUUUGAUUGGAUGCUAUAAGAAGUAAGGGUCCUUGGCCGGAAUCUCCAUCAGGUUUUGCCCUUCGACCAUAAUCUCCAUCAUCCUGUCAAAAUUGCAAAUUUUGACCAAACAUCCAAUGUCGACACUGAGUUUGCCAGAGGAAGAAGCGCUGAGUUCACCGGAGGAACAAGAACGUCCAUCGAGCCGUGCAUUGUCUCCUGUGGUGGCUACACGAGAGGCCCUUAAGAUGAGUGAUAAACAUUUGUCGAGCCGUCCAAUGUUGCAUAUGGCAGCUACACCAGAGGCAUGCAUCCCCUUCAUAUUAGUUUGCAUAUCUGUUGUCUCCUUAGACCUCACCGUCAUCGUCUCCGCCGACUUCGCCGCAAGACAAUCUGCCAUCGCCUCUGCCGACUUAGCCGGAAAACCAUCAACCAUCGCCUAUACCUACUUUGGUUCAGUACUAAGUGGCUUCGCACUGAUGCAAGACGAAUAGCAGCCGGCUUAGAUGAGUCACUUCAGUGGUGUCUCGAAAACAACAUGAGCAAGACAGGAGUUCAUGGGCAUUUGAGACUGUCCCUUUUUGAUGAAAAUGUUCUUCGGCUAAAUGAAUCUCACCUUGUCAAGCAAAAGAUCAGUGAUCUCGUGCAAGGUCCAAAUGUUACCGGUGAUCAUGGCUCUACAGAAAUGAAAAAUUGUGACCAGUCAGAUUAUGAAAUGUUCAGCCAAUUUGACCAUGUCAGAUGCAGUUUUGCUUGGAGGAAACAUAAUUUGUGCAUUCAACUACAAUUGUUGUUGCACUCACCGGAGAAUGGACUUAGUUUUGUAUUUCAGGCAUUGAGACAGUCCACUUUCUAAAUGAGGUGGUAUAUUUGUAACCUAAUUGUGCC